AUGUAAAAAGUCAGUUUUUAAGUUCUCUGGAGUGAUUUUAUCGAUGUCAUGAAAGCUGCUACAGAUAUGUAAGCAGUCUUAGAUACAGUUGGCUAAGAGCAUCCAUUUUGGUUAUAGUCUAGAAAUAGAUUAAGUACUCAACUGAAUCGAUCUAAUUAAAUUCACCUAAAAAACUAGGAUCCAUCUCUAGUUCAAGACAUUAAAUAUCGCUAUUAUGAAAUUGUUACAAUUCAAUAAUUUGGUGAUAUUGUCUUAGGAUAUUUAAAAUUCUACGAGAACAAUUUAUAAAGAAUGCCCAUCAAACUCCCAGAAGGUGAUAUAGGUGAGUGGCAAGACUUUGAAGAAAGUGAAACCAAUUACUAAGCAUAAUCCAUGGUUAAAUUGUAAAUGAAGUAAUUUAUUUAAAUGAGAUUAUUUUAGAAAACAAUAUUCUUUCAGAAAAUAAUGGAUAGAAUAUCAACGAAAAGGCGGUCCCAUUAUAACCAAUAAACAAUAGGCAAGAUCAGCCCAAAGCAUAUAUAUUCCUUUCAAUAAACCUGAUGGAUAUUAUGGUUCUUUCGAUUCUCCAUUAGUAUUAAUUAAUAUUAUAUAAUUGAUAAGUCCAUGUCCAAUCCAGUCAAUGAAAAUUUAGCAAACAGCAAACACAGCGUUUAAAAUUCGAAUGGAGAUUCAGAAUAAUUACCUGGAGGUAAGCGACAGACUCAAAAUGCAACAAAAAAUAGAGUAUCUAAUGUAAGAAAAUAAUCCUUGGAUGUCAGCAUUGACAGUCUGAGAGAGAGCCAUAUAUCUUAAUAACGAAAUAUGAGUAAAGCAAAAUCAAAUCUCAAAACUAAAUAGCAUGAAUUGAACAUAGAACAUAUGGAAUAAAGCAUGGUAGAAAAAAAUAGAAAUUGUUGUGGAACUGAAUGUUGUCAAUUUUGA